CGUGUUCUACUUUUGACCAGGAAAGUAGCACCGACCAAGCAGAGUUUCUGGUAGUGGGAGCUGCACCUCUGCCGCAGUCUGUACUCUGUCGCCGCAUCUCUUGUUUCUGCUGACCAGCACACCUGACAAACAGCGAGUCCUCAAACCCAAGGAGGGUUUCAUCUGCUAUCUACAAGGCUUAGAGUGCGCAUAAACCUCGUUUCUUUUCUAUAUAAUCAGAGGGGGUACUAGAAACCCUAGACGGCAUUAUGAUGGCUGUCGAACCCCAAGCGCAAUAUAACACCUCGUAUAUGAUGAGCGAGGAGCAUCAGUAUAUGUCUCCGGAGGAUGAGUGGGACAGGGACCUACUGCUGGACCCCGCCUGGGAGAAACAGCAGAGAAAGACGUUCACAGCUUGGUGUAACUCCCACUUGAGGAAGGCAGGGACACAGAUCGAGAACAUCGAGGACGACUUCAGGAAUGGCCUCAAACUCAUGCUGCUGCUGGAGGUCAUCUCAGGUGAGAGACUGCCCAAACCCGACAAAGGCAAGAUGCGUUUCCACAAGAUUGCAAAUGUGAACAAGGCCCUGGACUUCAUCUGCAGCAAGGGAGUCAAGCUGGUGUCCAUCGGCGCUGAGGAGAUCGUCGACGGUAAUACGAAGAUGACCCUGGGAAUGAUCUGGACCAUCAUCCUGCGUUUCGCCAUUCAGGACAUCUCCGUGGAGGAGACCUCUGCUAAGGAGGGUCUUCUUCUGUGGUGCCAGAGGAAGACUGCCCCCUACAGGAACGUUAACGUGCAGAACUUCCACAUCAGUUGGAAGGAUGGCCUGGCACUGUGUGCCCUCAUCCACAGACACAGACCUGACCUCAUUGACUACUCCAAACUGAGAAAGGAUGACCCCAUCGGUAACCUCAACACUGCCUUCGAGGUGGCUGAGAAGUACCUGGACAUCCCCAAGAUGCUCGACGCUGAAGACAUUGUGAACACCCCCAAGCCUGAUGAGAAGGCCAUCAUGACCUACGUGUCCUGCUUCUACCACGCCUUCGCUGGCGCCGAGCAGGCUGAGACAGCAGCUAACAGGAUCUGUAAAGUGCUGGCUGUGAACCAGGAGAAUGAGAAACUCAUGGAGGAGUAUGAGAAGCUGGCCAGUGAGUUGCUAGAGUGGAUCCGCAAGACCAUCCCGUGGCUGGAGAACCGCAUGGCGGAGCAGCAGAUGAAGGCCAUGCAGCAGAAGCUGGAGGACUUCAGGGACUACCGCCGCAUCCACAAGCCUCCCCGCGUCCAGGAGAAGUGUCAGCUGGAGAUCAACUUCAACACCCUGCAAACCAAGCUGAGGCUGAGCAACCGGCCCGCCUUCAUGCCCUCUGAGGGAAAGAUGGUCUCGGACAUAGCCAAUGCAUGGAAGGGUCUGGAGCAGGUGGAGAAGGGAUACGAGGAGUGGCUUCUUACUGAGAUCAGACGUCUGGAGAGACUGGACCACCUGGCUGAGAAGUUCAAGCAGAAGUGUUCCCUGCACCAGUCCUGGACCUCAGGUAAAGAAGAGCUGCUGUCCAUGAAGGACUAUGAGUCGGCCUCUCUGAUGGAGAUCAGGGCUCUGAUGAGGAAACACGAGGCCUUUGAGUCUGACCUGGCCGCUCACCAGGACCGAGUGGAGCAGAUCGCCGCUAUCGCCCAGGAGCUCAAUGAGCUGGACUACCAUGACGCGUCCUCUGUGAACGCCCGCUGCCAGGGCAUCUGUGACCAGUGGGACAACCUGGGUACGCUGACCCAGAAGAGGAGGGACUCCCUGGAGCGCGUGGAGAAACUGUGGGAGACCAUUGACCAGCUGUACCUGGAGUUCGCCAAGAGGGCGGCGCCCUUCAACAACUGGAUGGACGGAGCCAUGGAGGAUCUGCAGGACAUGUUUAUCGUCCACAGCACCGAGGAGAUCCAUUCUCUGAUUACAGCCCAUGACCAAUUCAAGGCCACCCUACCAGAGGCUGAUAAGGAACGCAUGGCCACCAUGGGCAUCCAGAGCGAGAUUGUGAAGAUCGCUCAGACUUACGGCAUCAAGCUGUCAGGAGUCAACCCCUACACCAACCUCUCCCCCCAGGAUAUCACUAACAAGUGGGAGGCGGUGAAGCACCUUGUUCCUCUCAGGGACCAGAUGCUGCAGGAGGAGGUGGCCAGGCAGCAGGCUAACGAGAGGCUGAGGCGCCAGUUCGCUGCCCAGGCCAACAUCAUCGGACCCUGGAUCCAGACCAAGAUGGAGGAGAUUGGUCAUGUGUCUGUGGACAUCGCCGGUUCUCUAGAGGAACAGAUGAACAAUCUCAAGCAGUAUGAACAAAACAUUAUCAACUACAAGUGUAACAUCGACAAACUGGAGGGAGACCACCAGCUCAGCCAGGAGUCCCUCAUCUUUGACAACAAACACACCAACUACACCAUGGAGCAUAUCCGUGUGGGCUGGGAGCAGCUGCUGACCACCAUCGCCCGCACCAUCAACGAGGUGGAGAACCAGAUUCUGACCCGCGAUGCCAAGGGUAUCAGCCAGGAGCAGCUCAACGAGUUCCGAGCCUCCUUCAAUCACUUCGACAGGAAGAGAAACGGCAUGAUGGACCCCGACGACUUCCGUGCCUGUCUCAUCUCCAUGGGUUACGAUCUGGGUGAGGUGGAGUUUGCCCGCAUCAUGACCUUGGUGGAUUCAAACAACACAGGCGUGGUCACCUUCCAGGCCUUCAUCGACUUCAUGACCCGUGAGACGGCCGAGACAGACACCGCUGACCAGGUCAUGGCUUCCUUUAAGAUCCUGGCCUCCGACAAGGCCUACAUCACGGUUGAUGAGCUGCGCAGAGAGCUGCCCGCAGAGCAGGCUGAGUACUGCAUCAGCCGCAUGACCAG